AUGUGCAAAGCAUUCCCCUCGAGUCUUGGGCGCCUCGGCUUGCUUUGGUUCAACCAAUUAGAGGCUGGAUCGAUCCACAGUUUUAAAGAGCUUGAAAGAGCUUUUAACUAUCGGUUCAUCACUAGCAACAAGCAAGCCAAGGAAGAAGAUGCCUUGGCACAGAUGAGGAAGAGGCCCGGCGAGACGCUUCGGAAGUAUGCCGAACGUUACUGGCAAUUGUUUAAUGAGAUACCCGGAGUUGAUCAAAACUGGGCGGCAAGGAACUUCAAGAAUGGGUUGGAAACAGGAAGCAAGAUCUUGGAUGAGCUGGCAAUAAGGGCGCCUCAUGGAAUGAACGAGCUAAUGAGGACGGUAGAACAGUUCUGUUCCUACGAAGAGUUCCUCGCCGAGCGAGAACUCCAAGGAGGACAAAACUCAAUCGUACCUCAAAGCCUUCAUGUUCCCACGCCUCAAAUCGCACCACCAAAGCCUAUGGUCGCUGUCCAGCCGAAGAAGCAGGUCAACACAGUCAAGGUGGCAGACAAAAAGGGGCCGAAAGCUCAUGACUAUAUAGCUGAAACCACAGUUUUCAAAGAGCCAAUUUAUUUCCUCCUCCGUACGAUAGAGAGGGAACCGUUCUUUGUUUGGCUGAACCCUCCCAAACUGAACACAGAAGAAGGCAAUAACAACAAUCGGAAGAGAUGCUCGUACCAUAACGAGCUCGGGCAUUACACCAUGGCUUGCGCUCCCUAUAAGGCACUUUUGGAAAAUCUUGCAGCACAAGGACUUCUUGAUAAUCAUAUCGAUUGGACAAAGACGCCGAGGAGACAGCUGAACGCUGGUGGACAAAACCUUAUUCCACGUCCAGUCGGAGUAAUCAACGUUAUUCAUGGGUCAACAACAAAGGAGGCAGCAAAACAGCUUCGUUAA